UCUACACAUCCGCUAAAACCUCAAAAACCCCAAAUUGUGCAAAACCCCAUUAUUUUAGUUUUUCAUACUCCAUUAUCCAUACGAAGAGGAAGAAGCAGCAGCAGAAACUAUGAUGGCCGCGAAUCCCACAACUGUCGCCCAAAAAUACUAUGUUUUCUCGGAUUUCCGCCGCACCCACAUUCAUACUCCAACUUCAAUUCUUUCUUGCAAUUCAAUUCACAAUAAUGGGAAUUCUCGCAGUAGGAUUUCUCUGGCUUCUGCAAACGGCUUAGGAAUAUAUGGGUCGAAGCCUUUGGCCCUUCGCUCUUUCCAGGUUUCGAGUGGCGGCGGAGCUGGGGACGGUUCUAGCGGCGGCGGAGGCUCUUCCGGUGGAGGUGGCGGAGGCGGCAGUGGUGGAGGAGGCGGAGGCCAUGGCAGUAACUGGUCAUUUGUUUCAUGGUAUCUGUCUCUUCUUGCCGAGCAUCCUGUGAUCACCAAGGCCGUCACUUCAGCAAUGUUAACUUUGGUUGGUGAUGUUAUAUGCCAGCUCUUCAUUGAUCAAGUGCCAUCUCCUGAUUUGAAGCGGACAUUUAUUUUCACUUCGUUGGGACUGGUUUUGGUUGGUCCGACAUUGCAUUUCUGGUAUUUGUAUCUGAGUAAACUCGUUACCCUCCCCGGAGCUUCUGGAACUUUCUUGAGGCUUAUCCUUGAUCAGUUUAUUUUCUCUCCCAUUUUCAUCGGGACUUUCCUAUCUACAUUGGUGACACUUGAGGGACAUCCGUCAAACGUAAUCCCGAAACUAAAACAGGAAUGGUUCUCAUCAGUUGUUGCAAAUUGGCAACUCUGGAUACCAUUUCAGUUCCUCAACUUCCAAUUUGUUCCACAGCAGUUUCAGGUCCUUGCUGCCAAUUUUAUUGCCUUAGUAUGGAAUGUGAUUUUGUCCUAUAAAGCUCACAAAGAAGUCCCCGCCGAAUAGGCAUACCUCAUCUCGUUGGAGGGGAAGCUUCUUUACCAACUGAGUCGUGCUUCGUUUCGUUGUCAAGAAUGAUGUUUUUCUUCUGUUGUACUGAUGCUAAUUUAAUUUGUUUAGAACAUGCUGUAGUAGGUUCUCUUAUAAGUUUUGGCAAAAUUUUGUAUGAAUGAUGUGUAAUGUAUUUCCAUUUAUUCAAAUUACCCUUCAAAGUUA